CUGGCGGUCAGGACGAGGACAUGGCCUUCGACCUUUUCAGCGUCAGCAACAUCAACCGGAAGACCAUCGGGGCCAAGCAGUUCCGGGGGCCCGACCCCCACAGGCCGGCGUACCGCUUCGUGCGGUUCGACUACAUCCCCCCGGUGAGCGCGGAGUCGCUGGGCCAGAUCGCCCAGCUCAUGCGGGAGAAGGAGGGCUUCUUCCUGUCGGCCGCCCUGAAGCAGGACCGCAAGUCCCGCGGCACGCUGCUCGCCCUGGAGGGCCCCGGCGCCGCCCACCGGCAGUUCGAGAUCGUCUCCAACGGGCCGGCCGACACACUGGACCUCACCUACUGGGUGGACGGCGCCCAGCACGUCCUGUCCCUGGAGGAUGUGGGCCUGGCCGAUGCCCAGUGGAAGAACAUCACCGUGCAGGUAGCCGGUGAGACCUUCAGCCUGUACGUGGGCUGCGACCUGGUGGACAGCUUCAUGCUGGACGAGCCGUUCUAUGAGCAGCUGAAGACAGAGAAGAGCAAGAUGUACGUGGCCAAGGGCUCCGCCCGCGAGAGUCAUUUCAGGGGCCUGCUGCAGAACAUCUACUUGGUGUUUGAAAAUUCUGUGGAAGACGUUCUUAGCAGGAAAGGUUGUCAGCAAGACCUGGGAGCCGAAGCCAACGCCAUCAGCGAGGACACGGACACACUGCACCUGAGCCCCGUGGUCACCACCGAAUUCGCGGGCCGGAGCGCAGAGCCGCGGCCGGGGGUGUGUGAGCGCUCCUGCGAGGAGCUGGGCAGCAUGGCCAGCGAGCUGUCGGGGCUGCGGGUCGUCGUCAACCAGCUGCACGAGAACCUGAGGAAAGUGUCCAGCGACAACCAGGUUCUCUGGGAGCUCAUUGGCGGACCCCCGAAGACCAGGAACAUGUCUGCCUGCUGGCAGGACGGCCGCUUCUUCGCGGAAAACGAGACCUGGGUGGUCGACAGCUGCACCAAGUGCACCUGCAAGAAGUUUAAGACCGUCUGCCACCAGAUCUCCUGCCCGCCAGCCACCUGCGCCAGCCCCUCCCUGCUGGAGGGGGACUGCUGCCCGUCCUGCUUCCCCCCAGCGGACGGCGAGGAGGGCUGGUCCCCGUGGGCAGAGUGGACCCAGUGCUCGGCCACCUGCGGGCCCGGCACCCAGCAGAGGGGGCGGUCCUGCGACGUCACCAGCAACGCCUGCCCAGGGCCGUCCAUCCAGACGCGGGCCUGCAGCCUGGGCCGGUGCGACAGCCGCAUCCGGCAGGACGGCGGCUGGAGCCACUGGUCGCCGUGGUCCUCCUGCUCCGUGACCUGCGGGCCCGGCAACAUCACCCGGAUUCGCCUCUGCAACUCGCCGGUGCCCCAGAUGGGGGGCAAGGGCUGCAAAGGCAGUGGCCGCGAGACGAAAGGCUGCCAGGGCGUCCCCUGCCCGAUCGACGGCCGCUGGAGCCCCUGGUCCCCAUGGUCCGCCUGCUCGGUCAGCUGCGCUGGGGGCAUCCGGGAGCGGACGCGCGUCUGCAACAGCCCCGAGCCCCAGCACGGAGGGAAGGCCUGCGUGGGAGACGUCAAGGAGCUGCAGAUGUGCAAGAAGAGGAGUUGCCCCAUAGAUGGCUGCUUGUCCAACCCCUGCUUCCCGGGCACCGAGUGCAGCAGCUUCCCCGACGGCUCCUGGUCCUGCGGUGCCUGCCCAGUGGGCUUCCUGGGCAACGGGACCCACUGCGAGGACCUGGACGAGUGCGCGCUGGUCGCCGACGCCUGCUUCUCCACGGCCAGCAAGGCCAGCCGCUGCGUCAACACGGAUCCCGGGUUCCACUGCCUGCCCUGCCCCCCACGCUACAGGGGGACCCAGCCCUUUGGGGUCGGCCUCGAGGCGGCUCAGACGGGAAAGCAGGUGUGUGAGCCCGAGAACCCCUGCAAGGACAAGACCCACAGCUGCCACCGGCACGCGGAGUGCAUCUACCUGGGCCACUUCAGCGACCCCAUGUACAAGUGCGAGUGCCAGACGGGCUACGCAGGCGACGGGCUCAUCUGCGGGGAGGACUCGGACCUGGACGGGUGGCCCAACAAGAACCUGGUUUGCGCCACCAAUGCCACCUACCACUGCGUCAAGGACAACUGCCCUCUGCUGCCCAACUCGGGGCAGGAAGAUUUUGACAAGGACGGCAUUGGUGACGCCUGCGAUGAUGAUGACGACAAUGACGGUGUCAGCGACGAGAAGGACAAUUGCCGGCUCCUCUUCAACCCGCGCCAGUUCGACCACGACAAGGACGAGGUUGGGGACCGCUGCGACAACUGCCCCUACGUGCACAACCCUGCCCAGAUCGACACGGACCACAACGGCGAGGGAGACGCGUGCUCCGUGGACAUCGACGGGGACGACGUCUUCAAUGAGCGAGACAACUGUCCCUACGUCUACAACACCGACCAGAGAGACACAGACGGCGACGGCGUGGGCGACCACUGCGACAACUGCCCCCUGGUGCACAACCCCGACCAGACCGACGUGGACAACGACCUCGUGGGGGACCAGUGUGACAACAACGAGGACAUCGACGACGACGGCCACCAGAACAGCCAGGACAACUGCCCCUACAUCGCCAACGCCAACCAGGCCGACCACGACCGCGACGGCCAGGGCGACGCCUGCGACGCGGACGACGACAGCGACGGGGUGCCGGACGACAGGGACAACUGCCGGCUCGUCCCCAACGCCGGCCAGGAGGACGCGGACGGUGACGGGCGGGGAGACGCGUGCAAGGACGACUUCGACAACGACAGCGUCCCGGACAUCGACGACGUGUGUCCCGAGAACCACGCCAUCAGCGAGACCGACUUCAGGAACUUCCAGAUGGUCCACUUGGACCCCAAGGGCACCACUCAGAUCGACCCCACCUGGGUCAUCCGCCACCAGGGCAAGGAGCUGGUGCAGACGGCGAACUCCGACCCCGGCAUCGCUGUGGGUUUCGACGAGUUUGUGUCGGUGGACUUCAGCGGCACAUUCUACGUUAACACCGACCGGGACGACGACUACGCUGGCUUUGUCUUCGGCUACCAGUCCAGCAGCCGCUUCUACGUGGUCAUGUGGAAGCAGGUGACCCAGACGUACUGGGAGAACCAGCCCACACAUGCCUAUGGCUACUCAGGCGUGUCCCUCAAGGUGGUCAACUCCACCACGGGCACCGGCGAGCACCUGCGGAACGCGCUGUGGCACACCGGGAACACGGCCGGCCAGGUUCGGACCCUGUGGCACGACCCCAAACACAUCGGCUGGAAAGACUACACUGCCUACAGGUGGCACCUGACCCACAGGCCGAAGACGGGCUACAUACGGGUCUUGGUGCACGAAGGGAAGCAGGUCAUGGCGGACUCAGGGCCCAUCUACGACCACACCUACGCCGGUGGGCGGCUGGGCCUGUUUGUCUUCUCCCAAGAAAUGGUCUACUUCUCCGACCUCAAGUACGAAUGCAGAGGUGGGUGA